UUCAACAACUAUGAGCCAAUCGACCACCAUGACUUCAUCUUCCUCAACAGUGAUGUCCACCUCUGCCAUGGCAACAACCUCCACGACAAGAUCACCCCAACCGGAAACUACAACUACUACAAGCACUACAACCGAAGACAAAUUGAAAAAAGAGACUAUAAAUUCCGCCUUGACGUGGACAGCAGGCUGCGGCAACUGCACUGGCCAACCUACCUGCAAGACCUCAACGCAGCCUCCAUGUCACCUGGAGUGCUGCAACGCCACCAUGUCCUCUUCCUGUCUGAUGCUGAACGGCACUUUGAAUGUUCCCUCUUCCGCCACAAGAGGCCCCUAUCUUCACUCACAGUUUAUGGCCGCUUUUCUUUGCCUGCUGGCAAUCUCUUUGCUUCUCGCGUGCAGCGGUGCGUGGCAGACUGGGUCGGGCUGGAGCCGGGGCUGCUCCGGAGAAAACAUCUGUAUCUGAGGGGGACGAUGUCGGAUCCAUCGGGGCCGUCGCAGCGUCUGUAUUCCUGCCGCCCACUUCGUGUUCCUUGUGAUGUCCUGUUUGAUCAUGUCACAGAGAGCCGCCUGCUGGGACUGGUGAAGUCCGCUCAAGAACAUGCAAUCUUUAUAUAUAUCCAUAGAAGAAUGGCCAUUACAGCUGAUGACAUAUCACUCGAGAGUAUUUUCCCCAUUUCUCUCGACUUUGCUGUCGUUGAAGUUUCCUCACCAGAAGAACUAGUGAUUGUGGGGGCUGAUACCAGAGUUAGAAUAAGCUACCAGGAUGAAGAAUUUGACCUCACACUUCCUUUUGGGUCUCACUCGCGCCUCUUCCUCAGCGAAGUCAACAAGGCAUGGAGUGAUGUGUGCAGGUCACCGUCUCAGGUACCACAGUUUGAGUGGAUCAAGAAGUACCAGAAAGCUUCAAGAAGUCACAAAGAUCUUGCACCUAAGUCCACGGCUCCUUCGAAGCAUCAGGAAACAGACAAAUCAGCAGACAAAAAGGGAGCUUUAGAGAAGGAGAAAGGUUCCAACGGUGGCCCACAGAAGUCCAAAUUCUGUUCCAGUCCAGAGAGUCCGGGCAUCUCUAGUCGAGAAGACCGGGAUGACCUUGUGCGCUCAUCCAGUCACACAACGUCAAACAAAGCUCAGAUAUUGGCCAUGCCGCAGUUUGGCCUGCGUGACAACCUCAUCAGGUGUGAGCUGUUGAAGAAUGAGGACUCUUACACCUUUCUGGAGAACUACAGCUUUUUUCUUGGCACAUACAACGUAAAUGGACAGGCACCAAAGGAGAGCCUCCGUCCUUGGCUGAGCUGCACUCUCAACCCUCCUGACAUAUACUGUGUUGGCUUUCAGGAGCUUGACCUCAGCAAAGAGGCCUUCUUCUUCAGUGACACCCCUAAAGAGCUGGAGUGGACAAAGGCUGUGUCCGAGGGUUUGCAUCCAGAGGCCAAGUAUGCCUUAGUGAAGUUGGUGCGUCUUGUGGGCAUCAUGCUGAUCUUCUAUGUGAAGAGGGAGCAUGCAGAGUUCAUCUCUGAUGUGGAGGCCGAAACUGUGGGCACUGGCAUUAUGGGAAGGAUGGGAAACAAAGGUGCCGUGGCAAUCCGCUUCCGCUUCCACAACUCUGACAUCUGCAUAGUCAACUCUCACCUGGCUGCACAUGUUGAAGAAUACGAAAGACGCAAUCAAGACUACAAAGACAUUUGCAGCCGUCUUCAGUUUCGGCAGCUCGACCUUAGCCAGCCUCCACUCACCAUCAUGAAGCACAAGUGUGUAUCCACUAAUGAAUCUCACUUCGUCUGUAGUGUGGUUUUAUGGAUCGGGGACCUCAACUACAGAAUUGGCGACCUUGAUGUUGACAGUGUUAAAGAGUUAAUCAGCAAGAAGGACUAUGAGACCCUGCACAAUAAUGACCAGCUCAAAAGGCAAAUCGAUGAAGAGGCGGUGUUUCUUGGCUUUGAGGAAGGACCGAUUGAUUUUCAGCCCACUUACAAAUAUGACACCGGCUCUGAUGAAUGGGAUACAAGUGAAAAAUGUCGUGUCCCUGCGUGGUGUGAUCGUGUCCUGUGGAGAGGGCAGAACAUCAAGCAGCAGCAUUACAAAAGUCAUAUGGCUCUGAAGACCAGCGACCAUAAACCCGUCAGCUCUCUGCUCAUCAUUGGGAUCAAGAGAAUAAAUGCUGAGGCCUAUAAGAAGACCUUUGAAGAGAUUGUUCGCAAUAUAGACAAAAUGGAGAAUGAAUGUAUCCCUUCUGUGACUUUGUCCAAGCGAGAGUUCCACUUCAAGGAUGUGAAAUACAUGCAACAUCAGGCAGAGACACUGAGCCUCGUGAAUGAUGGGCAGGUCCCGUGUCAGUUUGAGUUCAUCCAGAAGCCAAAUGAGCCCACAUACUGUAAGCCCUGGCUCACAGCCAACCCUCCCAAAGGCUUCAUUGCUCAGGGUGGUUCUGUGAACAUCGAGCUUGAAGUUUUUGUAAACCGUUCAACGGCACCAGAUCUUAACUGUGGCAAACAGAAGAUCGAAGACAUUCUGGUACUCCAUCUAGAGCGGGGAAAGGACUACUUUAUCUCUGUAUCGGGGAACUAUCUGCCAAGCUGCUACAGCACCUCUAUUUAUUCUUUGUGUCAUCUGAGGGAACCCAUCCAAGACAUGCCGGUAGAGACCCUCCUUGAACUGGCUAAUGUGUCUGGAUAUGAGAGUCUUUCAACCACCGAAAAACCUCUUGACAUUCCUAAAGAACUUUGGAUGAUGGUGGAUCACUUAUUCCGCAACGCAGUUAAACAGGAAGAUAUAUUUCAGCAGCCUGGGCUUCAUAGUGAAUUUGGAGAAAUAAGAGAUUGCCUUGACACAGGGAUGCCAGAUUCCCUUCGUAUCCUUCAGUCUGUACGAAUGAAUGGUUACUCUGAAAUAUCUGAAGACUUUCUGUGCAUUUUUUCGGGCAGUAACCACUCAGUGGCAGAGGCCUUGCUUCUUUUUUUAGAUGCUCUCCCAGAGCCUGUGGUCCCAUAUUCUUUUUACCAGCAGUGCCUAGAAUGCUGCUCCAAUGCCAGUCAGUGUGAGAAAGUUAUUUCCAUGCUACCUCAGUGCCAUAAAAAUGUAUUUAACUACUUGGCUGCCUUUCUCCGCGAGCUUUUGAAGAAUUCAGCUUUCAAUCGAUUAGAUGUUGGCAUCCUGGGUAAAGUUGCUUUGAAAAAAGCCCUUGCCAUCCUCAUCAUAGGGAUAAGCCUUACAUUUAUCAAAGUUGGAAAGGCUGUAUCUUUAAAAGUGCAAGUGAGCAGUCCUCCUUGCCAAGGAGGGGAGGCACCAGGGAACAUGAGUGAGAAUGGCCCUCAUACGGGGGCGUCCAUGUACUUUGAAGUGGAUUUGGAUCACCUGGAGCGGGAUGACGAAGAGGAAGAGGACAAGAUCCACUUUGAGAAAGACAAUGAUCUGAUUGCUGAACCAUCAUCAUCCUCUGGUCGUGUGUACGAUCGCACCACUGUGCUCAUUGAGCGUGACCCAAUUCGGCUUGAUGAGGAGGGGGAAGAAGAAGGUCACUGUGGAGGGGAUGAGGAUGGAGUCACCUUCUUAACUGAAGGCGAAGGGGAUGGCGAUGAGGAGGAAGGCUCUCUGGCCUUUAUGACUGAUCCUGAUGGGAUGUCACAGGGUUAUGUACACCACACCAUUUCUCCAGAUCAGAUCCAGUUUACUAUAAAUCCAGGUUCCACCCCAAUGCCACGCAACAUAGAGGGGGCUACACUCACCUUGCACUCAGAGUGCCCAGAGACCAAGCAGAGAGAGGUAAAGCGCUACCAAUGCACAUUCGAAGGUUGCACAAGAACUUACAGCACGGCAGGAAACCUGCGGACACAUCAGAAAACGCAUCGCGGCGAGUACACAUUUGUGUGUAAUCAGCAGGGCUGCGGAAAGGCCUUUCUCACCUCUUACAGCCUCAAGAUCCAUGUCCGAGUUCACACCAAGGAGAAGCCUUUUGAGUGUGACGUGCAAGGCUGUGAAAAGGCCUUCAACACAUUAUACAGAUUAAAGGCACACCAGAGACUUCACACAGGCAAGACAUUCAACUGUGAAUCGGAGGGAUGCACAAAGUACUUCACCACACUCAGUGACCUAAGGAAGCAUAUCCGCACACACACUGGGGAGAAGCCAUUUCGGUGUGAUCACGAUGGCUGUGGGAAGGCUUUUGCUGCAAGUCAUCAUCUAAAGACACAUGUGCGAACCCACACAGGGGAGAAACCAUUCAACUGUCCCAGUGACGGCUGUGAGAAGACUUUCAGCAGCCAGUACAGUUUGAAGAGUCACAUCCGGGGCCACGAUAAAGGACAGCCUUUCAGCGUGACCCUCACACAUCCACUCUCUGAAGAUGCAAAUCACUCACUGUGCCUCAGUGAUUUGAGCCUCAUUUCUACAGAUUCAGAGCUACGCGAGAGCAUCCAUAACGCUCAAAAUUUGGAUCUCAAUAAUGUGACCCCGGUGAAAAUUUUUGAACUCAUGUUUCAGAGUCUUGAAGAUAGUGUUAGCCAAGAUGAUGCCAAUCCCAACGAAAGCCUUGCAGAAUCCUUCAGUCUGGAGACCUCCACUCAACGAGGAGUGACUGAUUGCUCAUCUAUCAUCUCUUUUUCCAUCACUCCUACCUCUUCAUCUCCCUGUUCUCACAGUGCUGCGGUCAUGGAGCCUGCCUUGCAGCACACUCACAGCUCUUGCUGUCAGGCUCCCACCCCUGCAACUGUCACAGCUACUAUUAGCUCCACACAGUCUCCUCCUUUCAUGCACCUAAGUGGACCGCAGCAGGUCUCAGAUGUGCCUCAGGCUUCUGUCCAGACAUCAAACCAACAGCACUAUGUGACACUGCCACCCACCUUCCUGCAGUCCGAAAGUGCUGCUCAGACCCCUCCUGUGCCGCCACCCAUCUCUGUUCAUCCUCCAGCGGCUCCUCUGACCACUGCAGCACCGGGCCCUGUUGCUGCUGCUGCGGCCACCUCCACAGAUGCUGUAGCCGCUGUGGCUCAACCUGUGCCUUUGGCCAGCACCGGCCCCGGUCUGCCUACCACCCCAGCCACCAUCACCAUAGCAUCAACCCCAAACCUGCUCCAGCCCAGCCUGGUUAUGUCUGACCAGAACCUCCAGUGGAUCCUUAGCAGUGCUGCCAACAGCCAGCAGAACCCUGAGCAAGCACCACAUCAAGGAGCUUCAAAAGUGGAAAAGGUUUUCUUCACCACAGCUAUACCAGUGGGAGGAAAUGCUGGCAACCCAGUCCAGCAGAUUGGCCUCAGCCUACCAGUCAUCAUCAUCAAACAGGAGGAAUCCUGUCAGUGCCAAUGUGCCUGCAGGGACUCUGCUAAAGACAAGACGACAAAGAGUGCCUCCACCAUCAUUUCAGCCCCAGCACAGCAGCAACCAGCGAAGCCCCCUCCCCCGCACCCACCAGAGCCUCCAAACCAUCCAACCACGUCAUCGUCCUCCUCAUGCUGCCUUCCCAAGUCUUCCUCCAAGGUGAGUGAAGUAAGGCCGGAGGCGUCCUCUGCUUCUUCGUCCUCCUCCACAGCUCAGACUUUGUCCACUACAGUAAGCAGCACUGCCACCAACCCACCCCCAUCAGAUGGGUUAGCCAGUAUGGACGUCUCUGACUUCCUCUCCAUGCAGAGCCCCGAGACAGCUGCCAACAUCGAGGCUCUGCUGCUGGUCGCUGAUGACUUCAACAUGGCCACUGAUGGCGACCCUUAGAGUUGCAUUCCCAGUGUGGCAGCGUAUUUGUCUGUUCCUCCCACUCAUCCAUGAGCAUCGAUCCCACCCACAGCACGAAUCACUCUCCAAAGCGAUGCCUCUUUUUUCACCCUAUGUGUGCACAUCAAACCCUGUGUUCCUGCAGUGCAUCCUGUUCUGUACAGCACUGUGCGACAUGUACUUACUGAGUAACUUUUGUUGGGUCUCAUUGCAGUAGCUGACCUUAGUAACUGGAUUAGUUUUCUCAUUGAGAUUUAGCAGCUUCAAUGCUAAUUUAUGCAGAGAAGUGGCUGUGGAGCCUAUGUGGAAAAUGUGAUCUGUAUAUAAUAAUCCUCUUGAUAUCCAAUAUGAAUUUAAUGAAUGAAACAAAGCGUCCAAGCACUGAUAAUGAGAGUUUAUUGGUCCUGUGUAGAAGGUCACGCACCCGAGCAGGAAAACAAAAACUCAUCGGUAUAUCAUCGUACUGUAUUACCGGUCCUAACAAAUGCUCCAAGCUGGAAUGCAACUGGCCAGAAUGCACUGUAUAUUAGAGGAAUUUGCUAUGAUUUUAAUCGAGCAUUACUCCUGUUGGAAUUUAAAGGGGUUGGCAAAACAGUCCCUCACCUAGCUGUCAGCUUAUUUUUUUCUGUUUUCCCCGAGUUUGAUGUUCUGAAAAUGCGAUGACUCUUUUCUACUUCUUUUGACAAUUAUUUUCUAAUCUAAAACCUGUGAUCAGUUCUGCCUGUCUAUCUAAACAGCAUUAAGUAAAUACAUCAAUUGCCUAUAACUUAAACUAACUUAAAAUUGUACAUGUUAAUUUAUUUAAAUGCUCGAUUCUCUUUAUAUUGAUACUAGUGGGAAAAAAAUCUAUUAAUUUAUUCCAAUCACUUGUAAUGUUAAACUUUUUUUUUCCUUUUGUUACUGAUUUGCUUUUUACAUACAUCAUGUAUAUUGCUAAAAGCAAGUUUAGAGUCUAGUUGACCGCACAGUGAAGCAAAUGAUCCUCCAGGUUCUAGUUGUUUGCAAGAAUGGUUCACAAUUAUACGAAAGCAACUACCAUCAACAUCCCAUAUUCUUAGGGUUGUGACCCUCUCAGGGAUUCAUCAACUCAUAACUGAUCCCCGUUCCUGUAAUUUCUCAUACAUUCUUCCUUCAUCAGAAGGCCCACACUUGCAGUAUCCCUAUGUUUCGCUGCACUCUUCCCUGUUUUGAUGAGCAGUAUCUUGUAAAGAGUAAUCAGACAGCUUGUUAGUUUAGGUGCAGCACCACUACACCCUUUUGUACACAACUGCUGUAAAGUAGCAUUGAAAAGAAAGUGUCCUGGAGACAGUGUAAAUAGAUUGCAUUUUAGUGUAAACAUCUUUAAGAAACUUGUAGAUUAUUCUUGGAUUUGUAUUUUUGUAUAGACUUUUGAAUAACUAACUCAGAGGUCGGCGCUAAUCCCAUAUCUUUGCGUUUUUCCCUCAUUACAUUUUUGUAGAGAACUCGAGAUUUUGCUGUGUUUAAAUUAAUAGUUCUAUAAGCAACUCAGCUUCUGUACAGCCCCCAUUGUAACAUAAUAUAUGUAACACAUAGCCUGUCAGAGUAUAAUUUAACAGUAUUUCACACGGGACACAAUGCAAUGACGACAGAGCAACAGCAUUAUUUCCAUGAUCGUUGUUGAAGUGACUUGGCCUUACGGCGCUAACUGUACAGUGAGCCUUUUGCCUUGACAGUCUCUGCUUUAGAUACCCACAUGAUGCUGGUGAUCUGCACCAGUAAAUCAGUGAGGCAGAAAGACUUAUGUUUCCUCAUUUUUUCGUUUUUUCCCCCCCAUUUGUUUUUUUCCCCGGCUGGAAUGUUUAUGCAGCAUUGAUGAGAAUAUAAUCUGCUGCUACCCGAUGCUGAUUCUGGCUCAUUUCAAAUUAGAGACCAAUACAUUAAACCAAACCGAUGAGAUAACUUGAAACGUCAGUUUUGUCAUAAUUGAGAAGCAGCGUUGCCCAGAUUGCUGGCUACAGAGAAAACAACCAGGACAACACAACUAGGCCCAAGUCCAGCUAUUAUUUAUUGGUGUUUAAUUAUUUAACACAUAAUGCCAGAGGAUUUACUUGCAUGCUUGAAACCAUUCCCUAUAUGUUCAGAUAAGUGUCUAAAUCUGAAAUUGACACAGUUAAGCUGCUAAAAUACCACCCCCCACAAAAAAAAAAGGAUCCAUUCAUGUUCAUAGCAUGCAACUAUGCAAUUAAGUAUGAAACAUAACAUUUUGAAUAACUCAAAUAGUUUGCCUUUGUCUAGAAGACAGAAUUCUGCUACAAACUGUCAUGCAGAAAUCCAGCAGAUUUUUAUUGUGGCCAUACGAAAACAUACUGCUUGGACUUCCAAACAUGUUAAAAAUACUGUGUUUUGGCAUUUUGAAUCUUGACCAAGGUGCAUCCAUCAGGUACAGUUUCAGUGAAUGUUGCACCACAAAGUUGUUAAAAUCCAACUUCAUUGUUUGACAAAAGUACUUAGAGAAUGAAUGGUUCUGUUUUAAGAAUUGUUUAAAAUACACAGAUGUUAUGUUUUUGUCAGUUCAACUUCCAUGACUGAUCCAACUCCAUUUUUGUGACUAAGUUGGGAUUUCCCAUUUGUGAUCCUCAGGCAGACUGCCUUGCACGUUUUCCAAGCUUCCCUGCUCUGGCACACCUGACUUAAAUGUGACAGCUCUUCUGGCUCUACAGAAGGCUGAUGAAGACCCAAUCAUUUAAAUUGGGUGUGCUGGAGGAGGGAAACUUUGAAAACAAGUAGGGCACUGUGCCUUGAGGACCAGGGAUGGGAAAUACCGAUCUAUGCCUUUCACUUACUUUACUUUGAUCUUUCAUCAAUGAAAGUCAGAACAGCUGCCAAUAUUUUAAGUAGAAAAAUGUUUGUUUUUUUCCAGAUUUGUGGCCCAAGUUUCAGUAUUUACCUGAAGGGGUGACAAUGGAGAACCACUGAUGGCAACAUUUAUUUGGAAGCAGAACAUUUAAUCGGAUGUAGAGCCAGAUUGAGUAAUUCCAUAAAUUCCAACAUAGGAAAGCAUAUGCUUCCAAAGAAAUGUCUGACAUCCAAAGAGUGAGGAAUUGUAAAGGAGUUGUUAUUUUUUAACGAAUGUAUAAUGUGAAAAACGUUUGCUUAUGCUCGUUUCGUAUAAAGUGAUAACUAUAAAUUGAGAGCAAUAUAAUACUAAUAAAAUCUUAUCCUUGUCACUGAAAUGUGUGCUCAGUCAAUUAUUUACAAUUAAA